GCACCCCUUGCGCCAUUUGCUGCAGCACCAGCUGGCCUUCCCUCCUCCGGCUCAACUGUGCCACCGCAAGCCGAGGCCCAAGGCUUUGAGGUGCCCCCGGGAAUGCGCCUGGAGCCGGUGACCCGCAUGCAGUCGGUAGAGCCUGUCACGCAGGAAGUGAGGCAGGCAGAGCCUGUCUCACGAGAAGUUGGCGGGGAGGAGCCGUCUUUGUCUCCGGAGGCGCGCUGGGACGAGAAGGACUCCACCCUCAUUCCCGAGGACCGGCCAGAGGGCCAACUCCAAGUCGAGCCCACUGCUACGCGCAAGGCGCUGGACGCAAUGUGCGGACUGGCCCAAGCCGCUGCCAAAAGCCAGGCCAGCACGGUGCGCAAGGAAAGCCGGGACAAGGCGAAAGACCGCAUCAGGGGGCGGCAGAAAGAGGCUGAACAGCAGUGGAUGAGCCGGCAAAAGCCGAAGCUCGGAGACUGGAGUCUGCUCCGACAGAGUGCCAUGCCUCGUGGGGCCCAGGAGCGUGCGUCUUCCGCCCCGCAGCAGUCCGCGGUGACACGACAGCGGCCCCUACGCGCAACCUUCGUGCCGCGGGACGCGGAGGGCAGGCAGAUUCAGUUCCAUCCGCCUGCCCGGGCGGAGCCACGCCGGAUGAAGGAGUCAGGCAAUCAGACGUGCAAGUGUGGCAGUCAUACUCUCUGCAUUUGUAACUACGCAAGCCGGAAUAAUUCGUGCCGCAAAAUCUACCAUGGAGCGGCACGCCCGGAAGGAAGAUGCGUCGUGCACAGUGGGGCAUUUAAGCGAAGCGGUAGCGCUCCUCGACCGGCAAGGGACGGGAUGACUCCCAUCUAG